UCUUUUAGCGUCUUGAACCGCGUCGUCGUCGUCCUUCUCGUCAGCAUCCUGCUUCUUCUUCUUCUUCUCCUCUCCUUUUCCGCUUCUGCUAUCUUUCUCAUGCUCCCACUCACCACGCUCGCUACUCUGUUGGUUUCACUGCUGGAUGGAUUUUGUCUUUCGUUUAUGCUCGCUAUCAGUGAGGUUUGGAGAACUCGAGUUUCUUCGACAGUACAACAGACUCGGACACAAUGCUCGGACUGCAUAGGUUGUCAAUCCUCCCGCCAGCUCUGAUCGCGCUUGUUCUCACAUCCAUUCCAUGCGCCGCUGUCAAUAUCGACUCCUUCGACUAUCCGGUCGAUGCGUAUGAUUGCUUGAACCAAGCAUCUACCACAUCCAACUGUGCGGCGGGAACACUUGCUGAGGCGAACUCAUGUUUCUGCAACAAUGGAGGAAAUUUCGUUACGGGGACGGCCAGGUGUUUGGCAGAGUCGGAUCCCGGAGACCUUGCCGAGGUGUAUGGCACGUUGAAUUCCACAUGUGCCGCAAAUAAUACGCCUCUGAAUGUUGGCGAAGAACAGUACUAUUCAGCUGCUGGCUUCACUGGCACGGCGAGGCCGGCCAAGGCGAUAGCAACCAAGACCUCAACCACAGUUUCGACUCUGACUUCGGCGCCCACCUCGUUCAUAACGUCGAUAUCACCCACGGGAACCACUGUCAAAAACGCACCAGAGGAAACAGCCACGGCCGGAAGUGAUGCCGAGUCGUCACGGACAGGGAAUGGUAAAGUGAACGAGGAUGCUGGGUUAUCGACGGGGGCAAAAGCGGGAAUCAUUGCUGGCUCGACUGUGGCAGGCGUGGCCGUGUCGGCGGGCCUAUUAAUGCUGUUUGUGCGAUAUAAGAGGAAGAAGGAUGGGGAAGAGUCGCACCCGAUGCUCCCAGAGCAGCACGGCAAUAUGCUGCUUAUACCGACUCCGGCUGAAGCGCGCGCUCUUGAGGAGGGCAGUACCUCAGGGAACUCGGGCGAAUGGUCAAACGACUCCAAAUGGAGGCCCUCGUCAAAUCCGACCGAUCAACGCAAGAGCGGGUUCAACUGGGAAUCGCCAUAUGAUUUGGCAUAUACUGGAGAGGAACCUCAACCCGAAUCCCCAAAGAAAGCAAGGAAAAUGGAAGAACGGGACCUAGCGGAGCUCCAGGGUUGCGAUCGCCAACCUGUCGAGAUGUCGACACAAGCGCUAUCGCCAAAAUGGAGAGUGUCGGAUGAUGCUGCACAACGAUACUCGGGGACGGAGUGGGGGGCAGCGGACCUAGCAGGUGAGACAACCGCAUUGUCUCGGGGCCGGGGCGGGGGCGGGGGGUCAUAAAGGGUGCAUAAUGUGUGGGUUUCUUGUUGUUUUUGGUUUAAGCUUUAUACCCCCGGGAAUGUGAUUUUCUUUUCUUUUCAAGUUC